AUGUUGACGUGCAUAGCUCGGCCUAAGAAACUCGGCGACGACUCACUGAGUCAACCCGAAGUCUCCGACUCCACCAACACCCCCGCCUCCUCCAACAACAAGCAACAAGCCGCCAUUAAAUCCCUCACUUUCCAGCUCAAGGACAUGGCAUUGAAGGCCUCGGGAGCUUACAGGCACUGCGCCCCUUGCACCGGCCCGGUGACUCAGAGUCGGCUCAAGGGGACCGGCGAGUCGGACGCCGAUUCGGACCGGUUCAGGUGGUCGUACCGGCGUACCGGCAGCUCAAGCUCCACGACGCCGAGGACUUGGGGGAAGGAGAUGGAGGCGAGGCUCAAAGGGAUCUCCAGCGGCGAAGGCACCCCCAACUCGGCAAGCGGUCGCCGAGUCGACCCGGUCGUGUUCGUCGAAGAGCGCGAGCCCAAGGAGUGGGUGGCCCAGGUGGAGCCCGGAGUUCUCAUCACGUUCGUCUCCCUGCCACGUGGCGGGAACGAUCUCAAGCGCAUUCGGUUCAGUCGAGAGAUUUUUAACAAAUGGCAAGCUCAAAGGUGGUGGGCUGAGAACUAUGAUAGGGUCAUGGAACUUUACAAUGUUCAAAGGUUUAACCGGCAAGCUUUCCCGCUUCCAACCCCACCAAGAUCUGAAGAUGAGAGUUCAAAGAUGGAAUCUGCGGAAGCCAGCCCUGUAACUCCACCACUAACUAGAGAACGCCUACCUCGCAACCUGUACCGUCCAACGGGGAUGGCUAUGAGCUACUCAUCCUCAGAUUCACUUGAUCAUCACCCAAUGCAGUCCCGCCAUUACUAUGAUUCAGGUGGUAUCAAUUCCACGCCAAAACUCUCCAGCAUAAGUGGGACCAAGACUGAGACAUCAUCCAUGGAUGCUUCUAUCAGAAGUAGUUCAUCAAGGGAGGCAGAUCGCUCAGGAGAGCUAUCUAUCAGCAACGCUAGCGAUCUAGAGACUGAAUGGGUUGAACAGGAUGAGCCAGGGGUUUACAUCACAAUUAGAGCACUACCAGGGGGCAAACGGGAGCUUAGACGAGUCAGAUUCAGACAAACAUGA